UCAGUCGAGAAACAGCGGAGCGGACGGUGGCUAUAAAGUUUUAAUAACUUCGCCAGCCUGUCGACACCCGUCCGAACAAGAGGCUCCACUGACGGCGUGUCUGUCCGGCUUCACCCCCCCCCCCCCCCUCCCCGGAGCUCGAUACUUUCUGAAACGUUCUCCGUUGUCAUGGCACCCCCCAAAAAAAGGGCGCUCCCCAAACCGCUCCCAGAGGGCUUCAUCCUGACCGACAGUGAGAAGAAGGACUGGAGGCUGGGGAAGAUGAUUGGUCAAGGGGGCUGCGGGCUCAUCUAUCUUGCCUCCAGCGACGUGGACAGACCCGUCGCCGCGGACACGAGCUUCGUCAUAAAAGUGGAGUUCAAGGAGAACGGCCCCCUGUUCUCGGAGCUCAAGUUCUACCAGAGGGCAGCCAAGCCGGAGAGCAUGGAGAAAUGGAGGCGAAGCAGGAAACUGGACUUCCUGGGAAUCCCGACGUACUGGGGAGCGGGACUCGCCGAGCACGACGGCCUCGGGUACCGUUUCAUGGUCAUGGACCGACUGGGCCGUGACCUUCAGAAGAUCUGCGAGCGCAGCGGAGGUCGCCUGAAGAAGGCCACCGCCCUCCAACUGGGUCGAGGACUGCUGGACGUGCUGGAGUACGUUCACGAGAACGAGUAUGUCCACGCCGACAUCAAAGCCGCCAACCUCAUGCUCGGCUGCAGGGACCCCGAACAGGUCUAUCUGGCAGACUACGGCUUGUCCUACAGAUACUGUCCAAAAGGAGUCCACAAGGAAUACAAGGAGAACCCCAAGAAGGGCCACAAUGGGACCAUCGAGUACACCAGCCUGGAUGCCCACAGGGGGGUCGCUCCGUCCAGACGUGGCGACCUCCAGAUGUUGGGCUUCUGUCUGCUCGGCUGGUCGUGUGGCGCUCUGCCCUGGGACCACCUGACCAGGAGCCCCGCGCAGGUCCAAGAGGCCAAGGCCCGGUCGACUGAUGGACGAUCUGCCCGACUCGGUCCAGCACCUGGCGGUGGGAGGAGCCAGCACAGGUAUUAUCUGGACCGUGAGACCUUCAGGUUCUUCCGGUUCUUCCUGCUGCGUGACUUGAGCGUCCCAGGACUGAGUCCUCUCCUCUUCCCUCGGCGCCCCGAACCGUCCGGCGGGGGUUCGGCCUCCUGGACGCUAACUUUCCUCUCCCUUGUGGCCCCGCCCCCAGACGAGGUGGCGGCGUUCCUCCUCUACGUGAAGACUCUGGACUACGAGGACGAGCCGAACUACCCGCAUCUCAGGCGGCUGCUGGCCGGCGGCGUCACGGGAAGACUCGACUUCUCCACGCCGCGGGAAACCUCAGGGGCGCCCGGCGCCCGGAGACGAGACCCCCCCACCGGGGAGAAGACGGCCAGAGGGUCCCCCGAAGCCAAGGCUGUGGCCACGGAGCCAGAUGAGGAGGAUGAAGAUGAAGAGGAGACGGGGAAGUCCAAACCGGUGCGCGCUCACCGCAGAAGAGGGCCGGUCCUCCCGAAACCGCCGACGCAACCGAAGGAAGAAGUCAGCAGGUCAUUGAGGCCGAGAGCUGCGGUGGCUUAUGGAGAAGAUGACAGUGAUCAAGAGGAGGAGGAAGAGGCUAGGCCCAAACCCAUCCCCGCAUGCUAUCUGAGAGGCCCUCCGAUUGGCCGCCCCGGAGCGCCGCCCAAACAGUUAAAACUAAACGCAGCGGCGGGAAAUCCGACGGCCUCGCCGAGACCUCGAAGAGACGGGACCGCCCCGCCGAGCCGACGCGGCCCCCCCCCCCGCAAUGAGGACAAGGACCACCUGUCGACUCCUCGUCGCUACGGCGAUGACCGCCUCCGCUGGGAGCACAGACAGGGCGGCUUGACCGGCCCGGGACAGGAAGUCGGCCCCUUAUGGAGCGGCGCUCCGGCGUCCUGGUUGGUCGUCGUGGCCGUCUUCCUUUUCCUGGCGGUUUGCCAAAGUGCACUCUUUUAAAAUCCCGCCUCAGGACUGCUGCGCCACCAUCUUUACCGUGAUGGGCUGGAAGGGAAGGAGAGAGAGAGAGAAUCCUCGCUUUCCACUCGGCUUAUUAAACAGAUUUCAAAUGUCUUUAAAAAAAAAAAUGAUGAC